AAACGCCGCCGUUUCAUCGAAGGUUUCUUUCUGGUUGUUGUGAUGGCUAAAAGAUUCACUACACAACUUUUCGUCAGCAGACUCUCUGCUUACACCACAGAUCAAUCACUGAGGCAACUGUUUGCGCCUUUUGGUCAGAUUACAGAAGCUCGUCUUAUUAGGGACCAGCAAACACAGAGACCUAAAGGUUUCGGAUUCAUUACUUUUGAGUCUGAGGAUGAUGCACAAAAGGCUUUGAAAGCUUUGAAUGGGAAGGUGACACUCCAGUCCCUCACUCACUCUUAAAAUGUAGUAUUCAUUCUUGGCUUUUGAUGUGAAAUUGAAUAGUUCUUGUAUCACAAAAAUUAGUUUUUUCUCUUAAUCAUAAACGAUUCAGUAUUUA